AUGUCGUUCCUCAAGAGCUACUUCGGCCUGGGUGCCACCCCUGCACCUGUCUCUGUCCCUGACACCGACACCUCCAAGCCCCAGAAUGCCACAACCCAGUCCACCGGUAUCCGGGCUCUCCCCGGUUCAUGGUACGUCUCUCAGGAGAUGUACGAUCUCGAGAAGCGCGCCAUCUUCUCCAAGAAGUGGCUUCUCACCACCCACAACCUCAGACUGCCCAACAAGGGCGACUGGCAGCGAUACCAAGUCACCGAGUUCCACUAUGUUGUCUGCCGCGACCAGAACGAUAAGAUCAAGGCCUUCCACAUCGACCAGGACCUCAAGGAAUUCGACAUUGGGAAGCACGGUGUGUUUAGCAUCCACGUCCAGAUCGACAAGAAGGGUUUCGUCUGGGUCAACCUGGACGGUGGUGAGAAGCCGGAGAUCUCCUGGUCCGAGGACUUGGAGGGCUGCGACGACCAAGAGCGAUUUGACUACUACGACUGGGACUGCUACGAGUACGACCACACCUGGGAGAUGGAGGGCGAAUACAACUGGAAGCUCCUCGGCGACAACUACAACGAGUGCUACCACUGCCGAGUCUCCCACCCUGAUCUCAGGGACCUCACCGACAUCAACACCUACGUCGUCACACCCGUCAAGUCCUAUCUCAUGCACUUUGGCAGCCCCACGCCUGACAUGGUUGCCCGUGGCUUCAAGAUCGCCCCUACCUACUUCUUCCCCAAUGCCUCAGUCAACGUCUCACGAAACUUCUUCAUGAUGCAGCGAUUUAUCCCCACCAGCCCCCGCACUUCAAUCAUGCGGUACGAGGUCUACCGCAACAAGUACGCCACCGACGAAGCUUUCCAUGAGAUCGACUCCCUGUACAAGCGAGUCAUGGGCGAGGACAAGUUCCUGGCUUUGGGCGCCCAGCGAAACAUCGAGCGCGGCGUCUUCAUCAACGGCGAGAUGCACCCUGGCAUGGAGAAGGGCGCCAUCUGGUUCCAGACCAACGUGCGCGACCAGGUUCAAGAACACUUCAACCGAGAGGUGGAGGCUGGACGGCAGAUCUGGCCUGCGCAAAUAAGCAUGUCCAAGAUUGCGGCCCAGGCCGAAGAAAAUGUCCCCAUCGCACCGCUGGAGGCAGGGCCGGAAUCAAUUGCCAUUUAG